AGUGUGCGGAGGAAAGUUGUGGAUGCGUACGUCUCAAUAAAUUAGUUCUAAGUUAUAAUAUUCUGUUUGUGAAGAUGGGUUGGAUCGAGAGAAUAAAGGGAAUCGUUUUGAAAAAGUCAUUCGAUUUCGAUCGACCUGACAUUUGCCUUUAUAAUUUUCAUCCGCAGCUUCGCAUUUUGUUUGCUCUUAAGGGAAUUUUCUUCAAUAAACAAAAUUCAAAGCUCAGGUUUAUACUACCAACAUAUUUCAACCUGCUAACUAUAUUAGGUAUGGUUUUCGAAGGCAUGUUCGUCCACAGGGGCCUCACUAUAAAAGACUAUUCAUUUGCCAUAGAAAGUUUCCUUUAUUUUAUUAUACUCACCUCCACGCCACUAAUAUACUCAUGCUUAUUUUACCACAAGGAUAAGAUCAUACAACUCUUAAAUGAUAUGAAUGAAGAAUUUAAAUUUGUUUGCAGCUUGGGACCAAGACAUCGAACGCCCUUUCUGAAGGGUCAACUUCUGAUAUGGAAGCUAUGUUAUGCUUGGCAUGUUCUCUCCAUUUCUACAGGAACAAUGUUCAUGUUGUUCCCAGUUAUGGCUUUGGUUUAUCAAACUUUAUUCGUGACUCAUACUGAGAACACAAUCAGACCUCUAGCUUUUGUUAUGUGGUUACCCAACGACGAUCCUUAUAGGACGCCGAACUACGAAUUAUUUCUUUUCUUUGAAAUGAAUUACUGCGUGAUAAUAGUGCAAACUUUUGGCGUGUACAUCUAUAUAUUAUUUCACUUACUGCUACACCACUAUUUCAUACUCGACAUGAUGAUAUUAGAUUUUGAAGCAAUUUUUGAUGGCUUAGACGAAUCGGUAGCUGCUUUACCAUCGAAGCACCCUCGGAGACGAGAGGUGCAGCUGAUUUUAAAUGCACGCAUCAAGAGGAUUGUCACUUGGCAUAAUUCAGUUAUCAAAACAAUUAAUACUAUGUCAAAAGUCUACAAAGUAUCUCUAACUUUUCAAAUAUUAUUAAGUUCAAUUAUGAUGUGCCUCAUUGGAUAUCAAAUUGCAGAGAGCCUGGAUAACGGAGUUAUUGACUUUUUAUUCAUAAUGUUGGGCGUUUGUGGGUGCAUGCAAGUAUGGGUCCCGUGUUACCUUGGAACUCUGUUAAGAAAUAAGGUAUUUACAGUCAGAGAAGCCUGUUGGAAUUGCGGCUGGCAUAAAAACUCCUUGGGAACAAUGAUACGCUUAGAUCUUUUAAUAAUAAUUCAACGCACCCAAGUGCCCCUCCUUAUUAAAGUCAGCGGCAUAUCGACUCUGGAGCUAGAAACGUUUUCUUCGAUAAUGAGUGCUGCUUAUUCUUAUUUCAACAUGCUGAGGAACAGUAAUUAAACAAUGUUGUAAUUAUAUCCACAAUGGUUUAUGGUUUUAUGCACUAUGAUUUUGUCUAUGAACAAGAAGAAUAAAUUAGAAACAAUUUCGUUU